AUGGACCUCUCAGCGCUCACCGAUCUUGCACCGCGAAGGCAACCUCAAACAAAAUCUGGCUUUGGCUCUCCAAAAAACGAGACACAUGGAAGUGCAAACCCUACGCAUACGGAAGAAUAUCCUUGCUACGAGGAGAAUGGACGACUGUAUCAUGGAUUUCGGCGCGGCAUAUAUAUGUAUCCGUGUGAUGAACUGGAGCGAGAUCGUCUGGAUAUUUUCCACAAGGUAUUUUUAGUGGCUCGUGGGAAUGCGCUCCACGAUGUUCCAAUCAGCAGCAAACCAUCUCCGAUUAUGAGCAAUGCUGCGGGAGGCCCGGCAAUAGGUACCGAUCACGGCCCCCGAAUACUGGAUCUUGGCUGUGGAACGGGAAUGUGGGCAGUGGAAAUGGCGUCAAGGUACCCACAUGCGCCAAUCGGCCCGAUCGCACAUAACCGCAGCACAACGCAUAUGUUGAAGGAGGCAGGGUUCGUGGAUAUAAAGCACUUGAUGUUUGGCCUGCCGCUAAACACAUGGCCGGAUGACAAGUACGAGAAGGAGGUUGGGAAGUGGCAUAAUUUUGCUUUUACGGAUAGCACAUAUGCACUCAUACUCGGGCCCCUCAGCCGUGUAAAAGUGCUGCAGCCUCUGAAACGUCGUGGUCGUCUCGAAGCUGCCGAAACCGCUGUAUUCCGUUCAUAA